AAGGGCGGGGCUGCCUAGCUUUAAAUGCCCAAUUUCCCCUACCAUUCCAAAAGUUUUUGUGGGGGACGUAAGAUGUGGCGGCUGGCGUGGCUGCUGGUGGGAGUGGCUGCAAUCCCCCCGCACCAGGAGACAGCGCGGGUCGCCCGCUUCGUAGCCCACUCGUGUGAUUGGGGCGCGCUGGCCACGAUCUCCACGCAGGAUCCUCCGAUGCGGGGCCAGCCUUUCGUCAAUAUCUUUUCCGUCAGCGAUGGGCCGGUGAAGUCAAAAGGUAGCGGGGUCCCUUACAUGUACCUGACGGCACUGGAGAUUUCGGUGCACGACUUGAAGGUGAAUGCAAAUGCCUCCCUAACGAUGUCCUUAGCACAGACUUCUUACUGCAAGAAGCAUGGUUAUGAUCCUCAAAAUCCUCUAUGUGCCCAUGUGAUCUUCUCUGGCAUAGUUGAGAAGGUUCCGAAUGGUACAGAAGCUGAUUUUGCAAAGACGGCGCUCUUCAGCAGACAUCCUGAAAUGGAAUUCUGGCCAGUAGGGCAUAACUGGUUUUUUGCCAAACUGAACAUCACCAACAUCUGGCUUCUAGACUUCUUUGGUGGAAUCAAAACUGUGACCCCAGAAGACUAUUUUAAUGCUGUAGUCGAGGAUUAACAUUUUUGGAUGCAACUGAACAUCUCUCCUUUCAUUAGUCAGUUCCAUAACAAGAAGAUAAAGACACUAUUGGAAUGGUACAGAAUCUCAAAUUUGCAUAUUCAUUUGAAAUCCUGAUGGAUUGUUUAUGCUGCGUGUAUUUUUUGUGAGGAAAAAACCCAGCUUUUAAAAGUCUGAAAUUUAUGCCAAGAAAUUUUAUUGUAUGAACAGAUUUUUCUGGAUAUGCAAAUCGGCAUAACCUGCACAAUUCAUUUUGCCUUUAAGACUUGGAUUUUUAACAAGAGAUAACUAUUUUUCAGCAAGCUUAUACAAAUAAAAAUUCAGUUGGGUAAGAGGGAUAUAUCCGUAAAGCAGAAGUAAAAGAAAAUUUAGGAGAAGAAAAAGGGAGGCAAAUAAUUGCAAGCUUAAAAUUUGGUGUGACCAGACAUCAUCAUAUAUUCAGCUGCACUAUAUCUUGAUUCAGAGAUUUGUAAUAUCAAUUUGGAUUCAGUCCCUGCUCACCUGUUGGAUGAUUUUAUUGUUGGAACCGACCAUGCUAACAGUUGUACACCAUGCUUUGAUUGAUUUGAUUAUAUAUUGUGUAUUAUAUUUCAUUCUCCAACCAGAAUUCCAUUGCUAAAUGGGUGGUUAAAUUUGUUAAAUAAAUAAUAAAGCUAAUGAAAUGUGCAGGUAAUUAUAUGUAAUCUGAAAAGUGAGAGCCAAACAAGAUGUAACUGUGGCAAUUCUGUAACAUUUCUUUGAUGACCUACAAGAGCAGCAGAAAAGGUAAGGAAAUGUGAACACUUUUUAAAAGUUUUUGCUACCAUGGUUUACAUAAUCUAUCACCUUUGUAUUAGUGUAUUUUGCCUAGUAAAGCUUGUUUGUAUUUUAAUGGCUCUGUGCUGGUCUAUGACCAUAAUGAAGAUUUGAUUUGAUUUGAUAUGAAUGAUUUAGCCUAAGUGAAAAAAUUCCUGCACCUCUCAUCCAUAUUCCUUUUUUUACUGCUAAAACUAGAACUUUCCAGCCCCUUCUUUCUCUAAGAAUGAAUAUAUUUCAUAAUAUACAAUACUUCAAUGUGUUCCAUCUAAUCUGGUCCUGGUAUUAAGCUUACCUCUAGCACUAAAUAAUAAUGUAGUUUGUUUCCUUUUGCUUUGGUUGCUCUUUAGACGCAGCCGUUGAAGUUUGUAAAUCUUGGUUAAUGCCUUCUCUUGAUGUGUAAGCCCAGUCAUUCAACAAACCAUGGCUUUGUUUGAUGCAUGAAUCCAGUUAAUAUGAAUGAUCUACUACCUUCAUUUAUGUGAAUCUCAAUGCCUUAUUUUUUUAUGUCUCCAAAUUCUGAAUACUGA